AUGAUAGUUGAAGAAUUUCCUACGGUGACAACUUUGGUUGUGGAUAGGACGCCUGGUGUUUUCUCUGGACCGACCUAUGCCUACCAAACAAAUUUAGAGACGCAGAUAGAUAGAUUAUUUAAAAAAAAGUCUGGAGCGCUUAGCAAAAAGUCUCAUUAUGAUACAGUCAGAUUCAAAGCUGCGUCCAUCAGCAAUGAAUCUCACUUAUUCAGAUCAAAUAUCAAAACGGAAAGGAAAUGUUGUGUAAUUCAUGAUGGGUGUGUCGAUUCAUUGUCAUUAUCUAGUGAGAUACCAGCCAGCAACGAUGAGGGUAGAGAACAUACAGAUUUUAAAAUGGACAAGGAAUGCGAAGGAUGCCCUAACUGA